AUGAUUUUCGGUGAUAAAAUUAGUCAAAAUGGAUUAAAUAAUAACGAAAAAGCUUCAAGAGUAGAGAAAAAUUCUCUUGAGCCUUUCUCGUUUUCAGCUUUGCACUUUUUACGGAAUAGACUUUUGCCCUCAGACAUAUCUCAAUGUUAUAAUUUCGCAUCUCAACCAAAUGCUUUUCAAAGUCAAACUUUACCACCGUUGGAGACUAUUCUGCCUUUAAGUAAAUUAUCAACGCAAGCGAAACCUUCUUCUGCCACCGAUUAUUCAUCAAGCUCAUCAUCGCUUCUUGCUGUUAAAUCCCCAAAUUUAAGUCCAAUUUCUUUAAAUUCACCAGUUACAGGAAAUAACUCGCAAUCCACACUUUUCUGUAGUUCCUUUAUGAGACGUCCUAGAGGUGAAAAGCGACCAAUUCCGGAAGAACAGAAAGACGAAAAAUAUUUUGAAAGACGUAAGAGAAACAAUGAAGCUGCGAAAAAGUCACGAGAUGCAAGAAAAUUAAGAGAAGAUCGAAUUGCACUUAGAGCAGCAAUUCUUGAGCAAGAAAACAGCAUUUUAAGGGCGCAAACAAUUGCCUUAAGAGAAGAAGUUUGCACACUACGUCAAAUUUUAUGCAACUCACGAGCUUUGACUUCAAUCGCCAUGCCGUCAUCUCCACAAAUUUAA